GGUGGCAUGUUUGUUUUGGGAGUGCUCCUUGAGCACAUACAUCCCCACACUUCAGUGCUUAGAGCCCAGGGAAGCCUAAACCAGAUCUGGUUCCUCUCUGCUGCUAAGUAUGUGUGAAAUGGCCACCUCUUCAAGAUAGUGCCUGGCUGCCUUAUGUCAUCACUCAGAACUGAUUGACUUGAGCUGUUAUCUUCAAACAUUGCAUGAAGCAGCAACAUCCCAUCUGCUUUUGGGAUAUUGGCCCACAUCUUUCCAGAGCCUUGGGUAUCAGCCCGGGCCGUAAUGCAGUCUCCUGAUGUUGCAUACCGUGCUGCCAGCAGCCGUGCCCCGCCUGUCCCCGCUUUCACUUUCGCUUCUCCUUCCGGCCCCGGGCGGCCUCACCUCGUGGUUUUCGUGCUCGAGCGCCGGCGGCUCCACGCUGGAGGAGGUGAAGCCCACAGAGGUAAAACUAUGGGAUGUUCUAUUCUUUGCUGGAACAGCUUAUCUUUGAAACUGGUGUCUGUUUGCUUACUGUGUGCAUCAGUUGGAAAGCAAUGUCAGAUUAGAAAUACAAUGGCAGAUUGUAGUCACCUAAAGCUGACACAAAUUCCUUCUGAUCUUCCAAACAAUAUAACAGGUUUGGACAUUUCCCAUAAUCAGCUAAAAAAGCUUGCUCCUGAGAGUCUGACCCAGUACAGCAAUCUGAUUUACUUAAAUGCGGGAUACAACAUCAUCUCUAAACUGCAACCAGAAUUGUGCAAAAAUAUGCCCCUGUUGCAAAUUUUAAAGCUAGAACACAAUCAAUUGCAUGAACUUCCUGAUGGAGUGUUUGCUACCUGCAGCAACCUGACUGAGCUCAAUCUAGGAUACAACAUCAUAGAAGUAAGAAAUGAUCCUUUCAAAACCCUGGAGAACUUGAAUGUUUUGGAUCUAUCUCAUAAUCAUUUGAAGUCAGCAAAUUUAGGAUUGCAGCAACAGCUGAAGAACCUUCGUGACCUUGUGUUGUACAGCAAUCAAAUCACUGAGUUAAAAAAAGAAGACUUGAAAUUUCUUAGCAACACUUCAUUGAAUAGUCUUGAUUUGUCAUCAAACCCCCUGAAAAAGUUUCACACAGGAUGUUUACAUGCAAUUGGAAAUCUGUUUGGCCUUAUACUGAACAAUGUGGAACUUGGUGAAAAUAGCACAAAGGAACUUUGUACGGAAUUAUCAAACACAGCGAUUCAGAACCUCUCACUGAGCCAUGUGAAGCUCUCACACAUUAGCAGGUUAACUCUCCAGGGACUACAAGGAACAAACCUCACAGUUUUAAACCUUUCAAAAAACUCUCUCUCUGUGAUAGAGGAUGACUCAUUCCAAUGGCUGUCAAAUUUAGAGUACUUGAACUUGGAGGAUAAUAACAUCUUUAAAGUGUCUUCACGUUUAUUUUAUGGAUUGUCCAGCAUUAAACAUCUGAAUCUGAUAAACGCACUUACUGGGAAAAUUGAAGAUUUUUCCUUCCAAUGGUUAUAUAACCUAGAGUACCUUACAAUGGAUCAUAACAAUUUUCCACAAAUCACGACUAACAUGUUCACAGGUCUGAAAAACCUGAAAUAUUUAAGUCUUUAUAACUGCAACAUAAACUUGCAAAGAAUAACUAAUAAAACAUUUGUAUCACUUGCUAAUUCCAGCUUGCAAGUUCUCAAUCUCACAAAAACAAGGAUCUCUACAGUAGAAAGUGGGGCAUUUUCCUUGUUGGGACAACUGAAAAUUCUUGAUCUUGGUCUCAAUGAAAUUCAUCAAGUGCUCACUGGUCAUGAGUUUGAAGGUCUCAAUAAUAUAGAAUAUAUUUAUCUUUCUUACAACAGAAACGUGACUUUGCAAAGUGAAUCAUUUAUUUUUGUUCCAAGUCUUAGCAAACUGAUGUUAAGGAAGGUAGGUUGCAAUAAUCUGGCAAUUUCUCCUUCACCUUUUCAUCCACUACGGAAUCUGACUGUCCUGGACAUCAGCAAUAACAACUUAGCAAACAUAAAGGAAGACUUGUUUGAUGGACUUUACAAACUCGAUAUUCUGGAUUUGCAGCACAAUAAUUUAGCUCGACUUUGGAAACAAGCAAAUCCAGGAGGUCCAGUUCUUUUUUUAAAAGACCUUCCCAAUUUGCAUGUUCUUAAUUUAAAAUCAAAUGGCUUUGAUGAAAUUCCAGUUCAUGUUUUCAAGGGUCUGCAUCAAUUAAAAGACUUGGAUUUAGGAUCAAAUAAUUUGAAUUUGCUGCCAGCAACUUUAUUUGAUAACCAAAACUCUCUAAAUACGUUGAACCUUCAGAAAAAUCUAAUAACCUCAGUUGAAGAAGAUGUGUUUGGUCCAGUUUUCAAGAGCCUGAGAAAACUAGAGAUGGAUUCCAACCCAUUUGAUUGCACUUGUGAAAGCAUUGCUUGGUUUGCUAGUUGGCUAAAUAUCACUCAAGCAUAUAUACCUGGAUUGCAGUCUCAGUACAUUUGUAACACCCCGCCUAAAUAUCACAGUACUCUGGUGUUGCAUUUUGACACCUCAGCCUGCAAAGACAGCGCUCCAUUUAAGCUUCUGUUUGUGAUCAUUACCACUAUUGUGGUGCAAUUCAUUUUCUUCGUUCUUCUCAUCCAUUUUGAAGGGUGGAGAAUAGCUUUCUACUGGAAUAUUUCUGUAAAUCGAAUACUUGGCUUUAAAGAGCUUGACAGACUACAGGGAGUGUUUGAUUAUGAUGCCUAUGUUAUUCAUGCAAGAGAAGACACAGAUUGGGUGUUGACGAACUUCACCUCUUUGGAAGAAAAUGAGCAAUUUCAAGUUAAGUUUUGUCUAGAAGAACGAGACUUCGAAGCAGGAAUAUCUGAAUUUGAAGCUAUAAUUAACAGCAUAAGAAAGAGCAGAAAGAUUAUUUUUAUUGUGACUGAACAUCUCUUACAGGAUCCAUGGUGCAGGAAGUUUAAGGUGCAUCAUGCUUUACAGCAAGCUAUUGAACAAAGUCGAGACUCCAUCAUACUGAUCUUUCUUCAUAAUAUACAAGAUUACAAGUUGAAUCAUGCACUUUGCUUGAGAAGAGGAAUGUUCAGAUCUCGCUGCAUCUUGAACUGGCCAGUCCAGAAGGAAAGAAUCAAUGCAUUUCGUCAGCAGUUAAUGAUGGCACUUAAAUCUGACAGUAAAGUGCGCUGAAUUCAUUUUUCUGAUGUUAGAAAACUAGCAGGUCUCCAGUAAAAGCUGGGAAAAAAAAAGAAA